AAGCGGAUUUGGUACAGGAGCUGAAGUCCACGGCUUUGUCUCCCGACUAAUCAUCAUGGUCUCCCUCGUAAUAGGCGCUUCGCGUGGGCUUGGGCUCGAACUUGCUAAAUAUCUCCAUUCCAAAGGUCAGAAGGUCUUUGCAACUGUUCGCUCGUCAUCCUCUCAGCAGGAACCAUCAUGUUCUGGCAUCCAUACGAUACCAGGGGUUGAUGUUGCAGAAGAGGGGGCUGGAGAAAAGAUAGUCAGCCACCUCUCGGGCGAGAAGCUGGACCUAGUGAUUAUAAAUGCGGGGCUGCUCAAGAAAGAGACGCUCGAUAAACCCUCCUUUUCAGAUGAAGUAGACAUGUAUAAAACUGUAGCAAUAGCUCCUGUAUUCUUGGUCCAUCAUCUUGUCACUGCAAACGCCUUGAAGUCUCCUUCUAAGGUAAUUCUUAUUACUACAGAAGGUGGAUCCAUUACUCUCCGCACGAGAGAAGAAGGCGCCGGAAUGUAUGGACAUCAUGGCAGUAAAGCCGCCGCCAAUAUGGUUGGUAAGUUGCUUGCUCACGACCUGUACCAUAAAGACAUUACUGUGGUCAUGAUACACCCUGGUUUCAUGAAAACAGAUAUGACAAAAAAUGUGGGAUUUGAUCAGUUCUACGAGUCCGGAGGAGCUGUUGAACCAUCAGAAGCCGCCAUAUCGACUAUUGACUUUAUAGAGCAACUUACGCACGAAAAUACAGGCACAUUUUGGGCUCCCCGUGGCCCAAGGGAUAUCGGUGAAGCAGAAAGAGUCUUGGGCAAGAAUUUGCCUACUCCUCUACAGUUACCCUGGUAAGCCGGUGGCUAAUUGGCAGAUCCUGGCGAGUGUGGCACGAAUUGCAGGCUGUUGAAAACUUUCGUGUUCUGCCAAUAAUGUAUCUACAUUGCAAGUGAAUAGAUGCGAAAUAGUAUAGUCCUAGAUUUUGGGCAUCUUCUAAGUCC